UUGCAGUUCCCUGUAUUUUUCGUUACAAUUAUCUUUGGAAUAUCUGACGUAACAGCACAGUGUCCAGGUGGCCUCGCUCUGCAAUGCUCAUGUCGGGAUAGAUAUGUGGACUGUAGCUUCCGGAAUCUUUCAGCUAUCCCAUCAUUCCCUGCAGAUCCUUAUUUUGCCUCGUCAUAUGACUACCUCGACCUUUCCCUUAAUCGCAUUUUGAAUAUCCAUUCACACCAAUUUAGAGGCACCCGUUUCAAACAAAUUUACCUUAAAGGAAACAACUUGCAGAAUAUUUCUUUCGGGGCCUUUGAAGAUUUGGAAAACACCCUCUUGGUACUUAAUUUGAGCAACAAUAAACUCAGAAAUUUGCCAUUAUCAUUAGGGGAUUUACAUUCAUUAGAAACCUUAGAUAUUACCCACAAUCCUAUGACGCGUGGUACAGAUCAUACAGAAAGUGUGAUGCGCGCGCUUGGGGAUACCCUUAUUGACCUCAAGAUUGGAAGUGAAUCCCUCACAUCAUGGCCGACUUCAUUGCACCACCUACCGAUACUUAACAGACUCACUGUCGACAGUCUUAGUCGAUUUAUUCGAGACAUUGGUCCUGAAAGUUUUCAUGGAUUUGAAACCACGCUUCAAUAUCUGACCAUUAAAAACACCUAUUUACUGGCAGUGCCAAUUGCAGUCAGCAAACUAAAAAAUCUUAAAGAGCUGCACUUUGAUCAAAAUCCUUACGUCACUGACAGGGGAGUUUUGAUACAGGCUUUUCCGUUAAACUCUCCUUACUUGCAGACUUUGUCAUUAAAUGGGGAUGCCCUUACCAAAUUCCCCAGAGUAUUAAGAUACCUACCAGCAUUGAGAAAUUUUAGUCUGGAUGAUAAUAAUUUGAGAUAUCUCAGUGAUCUGAAUGUCGGGGAUUUAAGAACCGUUACAAAUUUAACUCUUAGGAACUGUUCUCUUUUGCGAGUCCCUGCAGCACUUGCUAAAAUUCGGUAUUUGAAAGAUUUGGAUUUAUCCUCUAACACAAUUGCAACUAUUGACACAAAUGAUAUGAAGGAUCUCCGUUACCUAGAAAACUUUAUUCUACAGAAUUCUUCUUUGAAAUAUAUAUCCGAGAAUGCGUUUGGCAGAGUACCAAGAUUGAAGACCUUAGAUUUCAGAUCUACACAACUGACGUCAGUACCUAAGGCAAUCAACAAAGUCUGGCCAUGUUUGGAAAAAGUGCUUCUUGAUGAGAACAAGGUGGAUUGUAUGUGCGAGACACUGGUGUGGCUUAGAGAAAAGAGAGAUACGUGUGUAGCAGAUGCAUUUCCAAUUAAAAUUCAAGGUCAUUGUGAUACAAUUCAUGACACAGUAGAGCAUUAUAUAGAAGAAUACAUCCCGAGAUGUCCCGAGUAUAAAGAACUGCAUAAUAUUCCACCCUAUAACCGUACAAUAUAGCAAGCAUUCGC